CUUCGACGCAAAGUUGUCCUACCAGCAAGGAGAGAGUAUGAGGCGCAUCUCCAUUCUUGCAGCCCUAUUUCUACCUUUGACUUUGUCAGCGUCCCUUCUAGGGAUGAAUGCCAAAGAACUGAAUGGCGGCCUGCUACGACUGUGGGUAUUUGUGCCGCUGUCAGUUGUCGUUUCCGUCGUUAUCCUCGGGAAAUCUCGCAUAACAGACAAGUUCAUGCCACCACCGACAGCACACGUUGACGUUGAGCAGCUUAUGAAUGAUACGAAGAAUGGUGAAUCUGGUGGCGUUCGAAUUGUUUUUGGCUCUACGCCGGUGCAGACCUAGAGCUCCGUGCUGGCCGGCAUUUCUAAGUGACUACAAAG